AUGCAUCAGAGGAUCCACAUUGGAGAAAAGCCAUACAAAUACUCCAAAUUUGGCAAAAGCUUUGGUCAGAACAGCUCCGUUGUGGUUCAUGGAAGGACCCACACAGGAAAGAAGAUCUACAAGUCCCCCCAAUGCAGUAAAUGCUUCAGUGAGCAUGGCAAAUUGGUGAUACAUCAGAAGACUCAUACAGAAGAGAAAACUCAGAAUUCCAACCUUUUGAAACACCAGACGACUCACAGAGGAAAUAAAACAUUUGAAUGUCCUGAUUCUUGGAAAACGUUGAGUCACGAUUCAAGCCUGGUAAUAGACCAGAAGACUCACACAGGAGAGAAGCGCUUUCAGUGUUUCAGUCACAAUUCCAGCCUGGUGAUAGACCAGACAACUGGACUCACACAGGAGAGAANUGAUUGUGGGAAAAGUUUCAUUAGAAAUUCCCACCUCAUGAGACACCAGAGGACUCACACAGGAGAGAAACCCUUUGAAUGUACUGAUUGCGGGAAAAGUUUCAGUCAGAAUUCUCACCUCAUGAGACACCAGAGGACUCACACAGGAGAGAAACCAUACCAGUGUCCAGAUUGUGGGAAACGUUUCAUUACAAAUUCCCACCUCAUGAGACACCAGAGGACUCACGCAGGAAAUAAACCCUUUGAAUGUCUUGAUUGUGGGAAAGCUUUCAGUCAGAAUUCCAGCCUGGUGAAACAUCAAAGGGCUCACAAAGGAGAGAAACUCUUUGAGUGUCCUGAUUGUGGGAAAAGUUUCAGUUGUAAUUCUGACCUGGUGAUACACCAGAGGACUCACACCGGAGAAAAACCAUUUAAAUGUCCUGACUGUGGGAAAAGUUUCAGUCGUAAUUCGAGCCUGGUGAAACACCAGAGGACUCACACAGGAGAAAAACCAUUUGAAUGUUCUAUCUGUGGGAAAAGUUUCAGUCACUUUUUUAGCCUGGUGAUACACCAGAGGACUCACACAGGAGAGAAACCGUAUCAGUGUCCAGGCUGUGAGAAAAGUUUCAAUUGUACUUCUGACCUGGUGAAACACCAGAGGACUCACACAGGAGAAAAACCUUUUGAAUGUCCUGACUGUGGGAAAAGUUUCAGUCGUAAUUCCAGCCUGGUGAUACACCAGAGGACUCACACAGGAGAAAAACCCUUUGAAUGCCCUGAUUGUGGGAAAAAAUUCAGUGAAAAGUUUAGCCUGAUUAAACACCAGAGGACUCACACAGGAGAGAAACCCUUUGAAUGUACUGAUUGUGGUAAAAGUUUCAUUCGUAAUUCUGACCUGGGGAUACACCAGAGGACUCACACAGGAGAGAAACCCUUUGAAUGUCUUGACUGUGGGAAAAGGUUCAGUCGUAAUUCCAGCCUGGUGAAACACCAGAGGACUCACACAGGAGAGAAACCCUUUGAAUGCCCUGUCUGUGGGAAAAGUUUCAGUGAAAAUUCAAGCCUGGUGAGCCACCAGAGGACUCACACAGGAGAGAAACCGUAUCAGUGUCCGGAUUGUGGGAAAAGAUUCAGUCAGAAUUCCAACCUAGUGAUACACCAGAGGAUUCACACGGGGGAGAAACCUUUCAAAUGUCCAGUCUGUGGUCGUUACUUCAGGCAUAAAUCAUCCUUUAUUGCACACAAGGAAAUCCAUAUGAGGAAAAAGUAG